AACCAAGUGAGUAACUAACGUCCUUCCUUCCCUUGCUCGCCUUUCUUUAAAGUCUAACCUUCCAGUCUUUAUUAAUUGUCUGUAAAUACCUAAAAAAGUAACAAGUAACAAUCAACUGUCGUCAUCAUCUUUUUUCUCUUUUAUUUAUCACACCUUCUUUCUUUCAGUUGAAAUCUUAAAGCCCUGGUUUUUGGUUUUGAAUAUUAGAUUAAUUGGUAGAAGAACAAGUGGGAAAUAUGGCGACUGAUCCUGAGCAGUCCUCUCUUUCUUCCUUUGGAAAGGUAGGGAAGUCUUCUGGUGAAAUUGAUGGUGUUGAGGAGCCUCUGCUUAAUGGGGAAAAUAGCUCUGAGAACUAUUCUAUUGCUGCUGCAAUUCUCCCAUUUCUAUUUCCAGCUCUUGGAGGACUAUUAUAUGGUUAUGAUAUUGGUUCCACAUCUUGUGCUACAAUAAAUAUAGAGUCAUCCACAUUUAGCGGAAUUUCAUGGUAUAACUUGAACUCUGUGGAAAUUGGGCUCAUUACCAGUGGCUCGUUAUAUGGCGCCUUGAUUGGUUCUGUCUUGGCCUUUAAUAUUGCUGAUUUUCUAGGAAGAAGAAGGGAGUUGAUUGUUGCUGCUUUAUUAUAUCUUGUUGGAGCACUUGCUACAGCACUAGCACCAGAUUUGGUUAUCAUGGUGAUUGGGCGUUUUGUAUUUGGAAUUGGAAUAGGAUUGGCAAUGCAUGCUGCACCUAUGUACAUUGCUGAGACAGCUCCGAGUCAGAUACGUGGUCGACUAAUCUCUCUCAAAGAGUUCUUUAUUGUCCUUGGGAUGGUUGCAGGUUAUGUAAUUGGUAGUCUUCUGGUUGAUACCAUAGAUGGUUGGCGUUAUAUGUAUGUAGCAAGUACUCCUCUGGCAUUGAUAAUGGGAGUUGGGAUGUGCUGGCUACCAUCAUCACCUAGAUGGCUACUAUUAUGCGCCAUACAGGGGAAAGGCAAUAUGCAAGAUUUAAAAGAAACUGCAAUAUUUUGCUUGUGCCGACUCAGGGGGGAAGCUAUAGGUGACACUGCACCUGCCCAAGUAGAAGAGAUUCUUACUGAACUAAGUUUUGUUGGUGAAGAAAAAGAAGCUUCAUUGGGGGAAAUGUUUCGAGGAAAAUGCUUGAAAGCACUUAUCAUUGGUGCAGGAUUAGUUCUUUUUCAACAGAUAACAGGACAACCUAGUGUACUCUAUUAUGCCGCAUCAAUCUUUCAGAGUGCAGGGUUUUCUGCAGCAUCUGAUGCAACUCGGGUUUCAAUUCUACUUGGCUUAUUGAAGUUGAUUAUGACUGGAAUAGCCGUUCUUGUUGUUGAUAGACUUGGAAGGAGACCUUUACUGCUUGGUGGUGUUUCUGGAAUGGUCAUCUCUUUAUUCCUUCUGGGGUCAUAUUAUCUUUUCCUGGAUAAUGCUCCUUUUGUGGCUGUUGCUGCACUGCUGUUGUAUGUUGGAUGUUAUCAGUUAUCAUUUGGUCCUAUUGGUUGGUUGAUGAUUUCAGAAGUUUUCCCCCUACGCCUAAGAGGGAGAGGACUUAGUAUAGCAGUGCUUGUGAAUUUUGGUGCAAAUGCACUCGUCACAUUUGCAUUUUCCCCAUUGAAGGCAUGGUUGGGCGCUGGAAUAUUAUUCUAUGCAUUUGGAGUAAUCGGAAUUCUGUCUCUUCUUUUCAUAUUCUUCAUUGUGCCGGAGACAAAGGGACUCACUCUCGAGGAAAUUGAGGCCAAAUGCUUGUAGUUAGUUAUAGACAACAUUACAGGAAGAGUAAAUAGAGAUGAAACCCGAGUCGUUCUGUUCCGACCAUCGCAUUGCAUAUAGAUCCUCAGGCAGAAGAAGCAUACUAAUUGUACUGUAGGCUGUGCAACAAAAAAGCAUUUGAUAUGAUCUUUAUUUUUGCCUAUUUACUCUUAUGUAUAUAUUUUCAAAUUUAUGUUUCUGUUGUUUAUUUAGCUUAUCUCAUCUUGUAAGAUGUAGGAUUAAAUGUUUUUUUAUUUUCUUAAUUCUACUAAUAAGUUGGUUGCAAUAAUUUCAAUGUUUUUGUCUAA